CAUGUUCAAGACUAAGAAGGAAUGCUCCGUCUCAAAGAAGAGCAACAAGCCUCUUAUGGAGAAAAAGAGAAGAGCUCGUAUCAACGAAUGCUUAUCGCAAUUAAAAUUGCUAGUUCUGCAUGCUAUGAAAAAAGAGGGUAACGGACUCUACUCGAAACUCGAAAAAGCCGACAUCCUCGAAUUGACCGUUAAAUACCUUCGCCAACAACGACGUCAACAAAUAUUUGCCUCCGCCUCCUCCAAUCCAACUGUACUUAGUAAAUAUAUUGCCGGCUAUAAUGAGUGUGCAAGUGAAGUGCAAAAGUUUCUGGCCGGAGUUGAAAAUGUUGACAUUGAUACAAGAACGAAAUUACUUAAUCACCUUUUCAACGCCGCUAAUAAUAUGACGGAGGUUUCUUCCCCACCGCCAGUUCAGACGAAGGUCGUUCAAGUUCAGCGUAAUGAUAUGCAUCCGGCGUUCGUCAAUCAACCUACAUCCAACAUGUAUAACGUCGUGUCGGGUAUGCUUCCAUCCGGACAAAUUACAACUUUUUUACUUCCGGUCGGAUCCUCUAAGGCGGUCUCAGAAAGUCAUGAAAACCGAAGCGUAAACUGUACACCGCCGUCUUCCGCUUCCUCAUCCGACUGCGAAUGUGAAGACAGCGAUGACAGCGAGAAAGAGAAUAUGCCAAUUGUUGACGAGAACAACAAUAAAAUAGUUAAUGAAAUUGAAAGACCUGAAGAAAUGUGGCGACCCUGGUAG